GAAAACCUGACUGCACAGCCUGUGCUCCUGGGGACCUCUUAGGACCCUCGGCCUGCUACUCACUGCAUCAAGGCCUACCCACUGACCCCAUGCCGGGCUCUCCCCGCCUGCUGUGGCUCCUGGCUGUCACCUUCUCCUUGGUUCCCAGAGCGCAGCCCUUGGCGGGAGACUCGGAAGAAGAAGAGCAAGAUGAGACACCUUUGCCGGCUGUCCCCUGUGACUACGACCGCUGCCGCCACCUGCAGGUGCCCUGCCAGGAGCUGCAGAGGGCCGGCCCGACGACGUGCCUGUGCCCCGGCCUCUCCAGCGCCGCGCAGCCGCCCGACCCGCCACGCCUGGGGGAAGUGCGCAUGGAGGCCGAGGCGGGCCGCGCCGUGGUGCACUGGUGCGCCCCCUUCUCCCCGGUCCACCAGUACUGGCUGCUGCUUUGGGAAGGCGCCGGGGCUCCGCAGAAGGGGCCCCCCCUCAACUCGACGGUCCGCCGAGCGGAGCUGAAGGGCCUGAAGCCCGGGGGCGCAUACGUCGUCUGCGUGGUGGCCGCCAACGCGGCCGGGGAGAGCAGCGCGCCCGGGGCCGAGGGCCUCGACGGCGCGGGCGGCCCCGCCUUCGGGCCCUGCGGCCGGCUGACCGUGCUGCCAAGGCCGCUCACGCUGCUGCACGGGGCCGUGGGCGUGGGCUCGGCGCUGGCCCUGCUCAGCUGCUCCGCCCUGGUCUGGCACUUCUGCCUGCGCGAGCGCUGGGGCUGCCCCCGCCGAGGCCGCCCGAGCGGUGCGGGACUCUGAGGCCGCCCAGGGGCCUCUCCGGCCAAACUAAGCCCGGCGCCGCUCCGGGGGAGGUGGCGGCCCCGGCGGACGGAGGGAUGGAAGGCCGGGCGCUGGGCCCCCACUGAGUCGGUUCAGGCUCCAGACUUCCCACUCUGCCCCGAACUUAGGUUUAGGAAUAGAGAAGGUCGGCAGAUUUUUUCUUAAAGGACCAGAAUAAUUUAGGCUUUGUGGUUCCAGGGGAUAAAAUCGAAGAUAUCAUGUAGUUCUUACACAACCAUGUAACCAUUUAAAAAUGUAAAAAUCAUUCUUAGCUCUUGGGCCUUACAAGUCAGGCCCUGGCCAGAUUCGGCCCGUUGACUACGGUUAGUCUACUUCUGUCGUACAGCCUCAAAAGGGCCCUGCCACUAUGGGUGGCUUCCAUGGGGUUUUGAGAAUAAGCUGCUGCGGGAUGGGAGUUUGGGGCUAGAGACCACUCCUUCUCCUUCUGCCUUCUUGUUUAGAUAGUGAGGAUGCGCACCGAGUUAGAAUCCACCUGUGUCUGAGGCGGCUGGAAAUAAAUGACUGACAUGGGGUGGAGAAGAGAAGGACUGACCAAGCUGCUGUCUGGGACAAGCUUGCGGUUUUGCUAGUAAAAAUAUAAUAAUAAUAAUACAAUAAUAACAAAGGAUUCCCCCUCCCCCAUUUGUGUUUAUUGUAUAUUCACUGUAACAACAUUAAAGGAGAUGUAAAAGGAA